AGAUCUUGUCGGAGUAGCUGAUCUGGCAAUAUCUCAGUUAAAAUAAAGCCUGACGUUUAUACUCGGUAACCCUUACGCAGAGUUCCUUCGGCAUUACGAUGGCCUCAGUCCUGACUGCGAAUCUGCUGUCUGAAUUAACCUAACAGAGUGCCUCUGCCACGAUUCCAGAGUAAUCAACGUCGGGCUUUACACAUCUAUCCAAAGAACAAGAGUUGAACCAAAUAUGCAGACCAUUUGUAAAGUGCUUCUGGGUGUCGUUGCAACUAUUGUCGUUAUCGUUGUGAUAGCAGUUCCUAUCGCCGUCCUGGUUUCACACGGGCUCGACAAGGAUAUACUGCAUGCAAGAAGUAUCACUUUCCUGACUGAGGAGUCUAAAACCAAAGGAGACGAGGAAAAAGAUCAGCGUCGAAAAUUUACCUUAGAUGACUACUUAAACGGGAUGUACUCUUACAAAUCAUAUUCCCUGAAUUGGAUAUCAGAUAACGAAUACCUAUAUAGAGGCAACGAUGACAAUCUUAAUCGCUACAAUGUUGAAACAGGAAAAACAAGUAAUUUUGUGUCAAACACCACAAUUGAAAAGGUCGAUGCUUCACAUUACAUCGUAUCAGCUGAUGAAAAAUAUGUACUUCUGGCCAGUAAUUACACAAAGCUAUGGAGACAUUCCUAUUUUGCUUCGUAUUCUGUUUAUGAUGUGGAGAAAAGGGAUUUUGUGAAGAAUGCAAACUUGAACAUCAAAAUACAGAACAUAUUGUGGGCUCCUGUGGGACACAAAUUAGCCUAUGUUUGGAACAACAACAUUUUUCUUAAAAUUAAGCCUGAAGCCAUUGCUAUGAACUUAACAACCAAUGGAAAGGAAUAUGACAUUUUGAAUGGGAUACCUGACUGGGUUUACGAGGAGGAAAUGUUUUCUUCAAAUAAUGCUUUAUGGUGGUCACCAAAUGGAAGGUUUCUUGCUUAUGCAGAAUUCAAUGACACAGCGACUGAAAUGAUAGAGUACCCGUUUUAUGGCGAUGGACAGUACCCGGAAACAGUGAAAAUUCCAUAUCCUAAGGCUGGUUCUCACAUUCCUUCUGUGAGGUUAUUUGUUGCAGAUACCGAAUAUCUUACGUCUGCAGAGAUUUCAGCCCCAAACGAAAUACUUUCAAGUUACUAUCUAGUCUCUGUAACCUGGGUAACUGAAGAGCGAAUCUGUGUGCAGUGGAUUAAUCGAAGACAGAAUCAUUCCAUUUUAACAAUCUGUGAUUUUAACACAGACCGUUGGACAUGUUCAAAGGAUAAACAAUUUCAGGAAAAAAGUACAACAGGAUGGAUUGGUGAAUUUCAACCUUCAGAUCCAACUUUUGCACCAGAUAAUAUUACUUUCUACAAAAUACUAAGUGACAGUAAUGGAUAUAAACAUAUUUAUGAAAUACGAACACAGGUAACCCCAAAACAACUUACCAAAGGAAACUGGGAAGUGACCAAAAUACUAGCUCUGCUGGACAAUACACUAUACUACAUUAGCAAUGAAUAUGAGCAGUAUCCAGGAAGAAGAAACAUUUAUAAGAUUGAAGUUGGAAAAGGUAAUCCAAAAUCACAGUGUAUUACCUGUGAACUGAUGAAAGAUCGCUGUCAGUACUAUUAUGCAUACUUCAGCAAGAAAGGGAAGUAUUACUACCUGUAUUGUUAUGGUCCUGAAAUGCCUAUUUUUGGUAUUUACAAUACUGCCAAUCAUUCAGUGGUAAAAAUUCUUGAAGAUAAUAAAGAUUUGGAAGAAAAGCUGAAGAACAUUCAGAUGCCCACAAAGGUUCUCAAGUCUUUACAAUUAGAUGGCACAAAUUAUUGGUAUCAGAUGAUACUUCCACCGCAUUUUGAUGAUAAAAAGAAAUAUCCGCUGCUCAUUGAUGUAUAUGGCGGGCCAUGCAGUCAGAAAGCCACUGCCCAAUUCUCCAUUAGCUGGGCAACUUACCUUGCCAGCACAGAAGGGAUUAUAGUUGCCAGCUUUGAUGGAAGGGGAAGCGGUUAUCAAGGAAACAAAAUAAUGCAUGCAAUAUAUCGAAGAUUGGGCACUUAUGAAGUGGAAGAUCAAAUCAGAGCAGUGAGAAAAUUCAUAGAAAUGGGAUUCAUUGAUGACACAAGAAUUGCAAUCUGGGGAUGGUCUUAUGGAGGUUAUGUCACAUCCAUGGUACUUGGAUCAGGAAGCAAAGUCUUCAAAUGUGGAAUGGCAGUUGCUCCAGUGUCCAACUGGACAUAUUAUGAUAGUAUCUAUACUGAACGUUACAUGGGCUUACCAACGGAUGAUGACAAUCUUCAAUUCUACAAGAAUUCUACUGUGAUGGAAGGAGCUGAGAAUUUCAAAUUGGUUGAUUAUCUCCUUGUCCACGGAACAGCAGAUGAUAAUGUCCAUUUCCAGCAGGCAGCACAGAUUUCAAAAGCCCUUGUUCAGAAAGGAGUGGAUUUUCAAGCGAUGUGGUAUACAGACAAGGAUCAUUCUUUAAGCAAUCCUGCAAAAAGUCAUCUCUACAUCCAUAUGUCACACUUCCUAAAGCAAUGUUUCUCUCUCAAUCACUGAUGUCAGAUAAUACAUCAAAGCAAGGAUAAAAUUUUACAAUUAUAGAAACACUGGAAGAACUCAACCAGUCAAGCUGAUCCUCACGGAGUUUUGCUGAAGGGUCUUUGGUCUGAAACGUUAACUGGUUUUUUGUUUCCAAGUUGUGACUUGAUUGGCUGAGUUCUCCCAGCACUACUGUUUACAUUUCAGAUUCUAACAUCGCAAACACGAGGAAAUCUGCAGAUGCUGGAAAUUCAAGCAACACACAUCAAAGUUGCUGGUGAAUGCAGCAGGCCAGGCAACAUCUCUAGGAAGAGGUACAGUCAACGUUUCGAGCCGUCAGGCCCGAAACGUCGACUGUACCUCUUCCUAGAGAUUCUAACAUCUGCAGGAUUAUUUUCUGAUACUUCAACUGUUCCCACUUAAAGCAGUCGUAUUGAUAAAAUGAUAAAAUAUUAUGAUCCAGGUUCUCUAAAAGACAUUUUUUCAAUGUCUUAAUUGAUAAUGUAUAUUGGAAAUUUUUUGAACAUUUUUCAUCUGGAAAAUAUGCUAAUUUUAAACAAAUGGUUCACUUUGGAUGCUUUUGUAAUUGAAAACAAUGUGAAAUUGAACAACUUGAUUCAAUUUCUAUAAAUAACUUCAAAUUUUGCUUUUACAAUUCUUAUUUUCUUGCCACUUGGUGCAAGUUGCAAAGUAAUCAAUCAGAGCUGAUACUAUUGAAGAACCAGUAGCUUACAACUUUAUUUGCAGGUUUUAUUCAAGAGUACUGUCAUUAAUUCACCUUUCCUAGCAACCAAGACUUUGAUGAGAUUUCGGUAGAAUGAACUUGAAUUUUUUCUGUUUGAGUUUUUACUAUUACAGUGGAUUCUGGUUAAUUGGGACAUAUCGGGACCAUACAUUUUGGCCCAAUUAGGUGACUGCCACAAUUAGCCAAAGUUUCAUGGAAAUAGUUAAGAAGGUAUAAAAAAGACAAACUACUGUUUAACUGAGUAACAAAUUAUGUAUUUAAAUUCAAAACAGAACAAAUUAGUAGUAUCAUUACUUCUACAGUAUAAACUGUGUAGUAGUCCCCGAUAGUUAUUGAUGGCAAAAUUCGUGCACACUACGCUACUGCCUUCUGUUGAUUGACUGCAAAUGAACAAAAUAAGCAGACACCUCGUGUAGAUAAUGGACUGCUUUCACAUAGUCCUUUUGAUGAGUACAUCCUCCGAAUCUUCAUUUUCAUUGCAACAUUCAAGGUGAUUAGCAAUACCUUCAAAUUCUCCAUAGUUCACAACUUGUUGAAGUAGUGAAAUUAUUUCAUUUUCACUCCCAGCUGUUAUUGGUAUCUCCAAGCCUGAAUGUUGGAAACCACAGUGAGCAAAGCAGUUCUGAAUUCUUACUGCUUAUUUCUUGUCAACUAUUAUCAGUGACAAGGCUGUCUGCUUUUUGAACACAAACACCCACAACUUAUGCUAUUGUUCGCAUGGUGUAGAGACUAACGACCACACAUGUACAUAUGACUAAAGCUAGCUAGAAACUAUCUGGCAACAGUGCUAUUGCAAUUAAGUGCUGUAGUGUCCCAGAUAAAUGAGGGAAAUCCUGGCUAUUUUCUCAAUCAGUUUUUGUUUUAAGAGUUGGCCCAAAUAUCUGACUGCUCCAAUUAAUCAGUGGCUCAAUUAACCAGAACUCAAUGUAUUUUACUUUAAUUGGUUAUUUAACCGAAGUUCCAUAAUGGCUUUACAAUGAAGAACAGAACAUCAUGCCAAUAUUGAUGACAACUUUUUAAUUUUCCAACAAAAGUAAGCUAAUCCCCAAGCUUUUUGGGUUCAUUGUUUAAAGGACUCUUUCCAUAUAAAGCGCACUCAGAACAUUUUCCUUCUACCGAUCUUCACUCCUAAAUAAUUUAGUGACAUUAAUGCAGUAUUCUGCAAAUAGUUGAAUUGUUUUACCUUGAAUUUAAUUCAACACAUUCAGCAUAAAUGUUUGAAAAAUUCCAUACUCCAAAGUAUUUAAUGUGAUGCAAUGUUAUCAGGAAAGAAGUAUACAUAAAAGCUUUUCUUUGGUUCUCAGGGCACUUACAGAGCUUAGAAUUUGCUGCACAAUAAGUAACUUCAGUAAGUGUAGAUCCUUGUUGCAUUCUGAUGACCAGAUACUCAUAAAAUGUUGUGAUGUAUUAUUCCAUGAUUUACUCAUUCUGCACUGUUUCGUUGAUUUAGGAUUAAGACUAGUCAUUCCCUAUUUUCAGAUCAGUUGAAUCCUGCCAUGAACAGAGUUUUGGAAAAUACUACAUACUUGAUUAAUUUCAAACUUAUAUUUUCAUAAAUGAGCAUAAUGUGCUUUAUGUAAUUUUAUAUGUCCUUUUAAAGUUAAAGUCUGUCCCAAGCCUUAUAGGCUCAUCAGGCCAGUGCUUAUACCGGUUUCCGUGGCGUGAAGCGACUGAGAGUACGAGACUCCCCCCCGGAUAGGACGCCAGUCUAUAGCGAGGUUAAUUUCAUCUUAUUUUUAAGCUUUGUGUUAUUUGCAGUGAAUACUAUAGAUUAUUCCAUUUUGCAUUCUUUUUUAAGAAUAUUUCAAUAAUGAAAGCUGUUAAUUUAAGAACAUUAAUAAAUUUGUGCACAUUGCUUCCUUACAAAUAAAUGGUAAUGUUUGUAAAUUUGUAUUCUUUGUGCAGCUUCAUUAUGCAGGGAAUGGGAUAUAAUAUUGUUCAAGAGUUCAUAAAAUUGUGUGGAAAAUCUUAAGAAGAUGAUUAUUGCAAUGUUCCCUUUAAGUUGUGUGCAUACACAUAUCUUUUGCUACUAGCGCACAAAGAAAUUUUAAACUACGCGCAAAAAGUUGUCACACUCUACCUUGUUAGCAAGUUAAGUAUAUUUCCUGCUCGUAUACAAUCACGUUUCCUUAUCUGGUUUUGAUGCGGACACUGUUAACAAUGUGGAGCUUGCAAUAAUUUGUCUGCAGGUUUUAAAACUGGCUUUUUUAUACUAUUUUUAUUGAAGAAAUUAUUGAUUCACUAUGUCAAAUUCCAAAGAAGCAAAGGGUGUACUUUGAUGUCACUCACAACAGGUCUAGCUCCGGUUUUAGAUUACAAUCUCUGCAGAUAAAAGCUUUCUCUCCAAUUACAAAAGUGAAUCCUUUACCCACCUUCUAUCCUUGGCUGCAUACAAAAUCAAUCAAUGCAAUGUACCCACCAUUCUUACCAAAAAUUAAUGUUCCCUCUAAUUUGUAAUAACCAUUGUGUGCAAAAAUCUAGUGCUGUGCAAGUUUUUGCAAGUGACAAUAAGAUGUGUGUACUGAGUUUUUAAGUGGAAGUAAACCUGAAGCUUUUCUAAGGAUAAAAAGCCAUUCUGCUCUAAGUGAACUAGCAGUUCUUUUGUGCUUCACACCCUUUAUCAAUCUGUCAACUAAUUAUCAGCCAUGAAUGCCUAUGUUUUCCUAUGAUGUAUGUGCUUUACAAUACCUAUCAAAUACCCCUCAUGGCAAAUAUGAAAUAAAUUAGACCAUGAUACCUUUAAAUCUUUGUGUUUG